AUGUCAAUUCGUGUCCCAGGAAAUGUCCAAGAGCUUGUUUGGCUUCAAGAACUUCCACUAAGACUAGUACAUGGACAAACAUUUGAGGGAGACAUGCACUUCAUCUACAUAAAUCAUACACUCCAAGCGAAUCGUUUGCUGUUGUAUAUUUUGACAUUAAUAAUUGCUGGUAGCGCUACUGCAUUAGAACCAUUAUUAGCACUAAAAUUCGGUCAUCAUCUAUUUCUUCAUAUAACAUACGCUGUUAUAUUUGGCUUUUCUACUGGGGAAUAUAUUGGAAUCACAUCUGUCGUUGCGGUAGAUCUGGUUGGCUUAGAAAAGUUCUCCGAUGCAUUUGGUCUAGUAUUAGUAGUUCAAGGUGUGGCGAUAGCUUUCGGUCUACCUAUCGUUGGUGUUCUAAAUGAUGAACUUGGCUCCUAUCUUAUUCCAUAUGUAAUAGUUGGUGUUGUCAUCACACUGAGUGGUGUAGUGCUAUUCUUAAUUCCAUUAAUAAAACGAUGGCAGCAAUCAUCAGCAACAACAAAUAAAUCAUUAACAACAUCACAUGAGAUUGAUGAUAUGAAUACGACAUCAGUGAAUCUGACAUAA